UUUACGUGUGGCAAGAAUACUCGAUGCCAGAAAAAAUUAAAAAGGUUCUUUCAUGAAGUUGCGUCACCCACAUGUUCUGUCUGAAGUGAAUUAAACCAGAAAUAAAUUGAAUAGUUGCUAAUAAAUUACUAAAAAUGUUGUGCGCUACGCGGGUGGUCGGCCGAAAGGCUUUGGAGUGUUCUGGCAUUGGUACGGACUUCUACACACAGAGGAAUUUCAGCACAAUUCUGAAAAGUAGCGCAGCCCCUACAGUGCCUAUUUAUCAGCGACAUGUACAGUACAGAAACAAAUCCGAUGGCGUCCGCGGCGCUGUUAUUGGCAUCGAUCUGGGAACCACCAACUCUUGUGUGGCAGUCAUGGAGGGCAAGACUCCCAAGGUGGUGGAGAACAGCGAAGGCUCGCGCACCACCCCCUCCCACGUGGCUUUCACCAAAGAAGGCGAGCGACUCGUUGGUAUGCCCGCCAAACGUCAGGCCGUCACCAACAGCGGCAACACCUUCUACGCUACCAAACGUCUUAUUGGCAGGCGGUUCGAUGACCCCGAAGUCCAAAAAGAUAUGAAGAAUCUGUCUUACAAGGUUGUGAAGGCAUCUAAUGGAGACGCGUGGGUCCAAGGAACCGACGGCAAAGUGUACUCUCCCAGCCAGAUCGGUGCCUUCGUCCUUGUGAAGAUGAAGGAAACCGCCGAAGCUUACCUGAACACUAGCGUCAAAAACGCCGUCAUCACCGUACCAGCUUACUUCAACGAUUCGCAACGACAGGCCACUAAAGACGCUGGUCAGAUCUCGGGCCUGAACGUGCUGCGAGUGAUCAACGAGCCCACAGCGGCUGCGUUGGCUUACGGCAUGGACAAGACAGACGACAAAAUUAUCGCUGUAUACGACUUGGGCGGUGGCACCUUCGAUAUCUCCGUACUGGAGAUCCAGAAGGGAGUGUUCGAAGUGAAGUCCACCAACGGAGACACGCUCCUUGGCGGUGAAGAUUUCGACAACGUCAUCGUCAACUUCCUUGUUGACGAGUUCAAACGUGACCAAGGCAUCAACCUGCGGAAGGAUGCAAUGGCCAUGCAGCGACUAAAGGAAGCCGCUGAGAAGGCCAAGAUCGAACUGUCCGGAUCUCUACAGACCGACAUCAAUCUGCCAUACCUCACGAUGGACGCCUCUGGACCUAAACACAUGAACCUUAAAAUGACCCGGUCAAAGUUGGAGUCUCUAGUGGGUGACCUGAUCAAGCGAACGAUCGCGCCGUGCCAGAAGGCUCUGCAGGAUGCUGAAGUACAGCGGUCCGAUAUCGGAGAAGUGCUGCUCGUCGGAGGCAUGACUAGAAUGCCCAAGGUGCAAUCAACAGUGCAAGAGAUCUUCGGUCGCGCGCCCUCCCGCGCCGUCAACCCCGACGAGGCGGUCGCCGUCGGCGCCGCCGUGCAGGGCGGAGUGUUGGCCGGUGACGUCACCGACAUCCUCCUGCUGGAUGUUACCCCGCUGUCGCUCGGCAUUGAGACCCUCGGAGGAGUCUUCACCAAGCUUAUCACUAGGAAUACCACCAUCCCCACUAAGAAGAGCCAAGUGUUCUCUACUGCGGCCGACGGUCAAACCCAAGUGGAGAUCAAGGUACACCAGGGCGAGCGCGAGAUGGCGGCCGACAACAAGCUGCUCGGGCAGUUCUCGCUCGUCGGCAUCCCGCCCGCGCCCAGGGGCGUGCCCCAGGUCGAGGUCACCUUCGACAUCGACGCCAACGGCAUCGUGCACGUCUCCGCCAGGGACAAGGGCACCGGCAAGGAGCAACAGAUCGUGAUCCAGUCAUCGGGCGGUCUCUCCAAGGACGAGAUCGAGAACAUGGUGAAGGCCGCCGAGCAGUUCGCGGCCGCGGACAAGGGCCGCCGCGAGCGCGUGGAGGCCGCCAACCAGGCCGAGGGCGUGCUCCACGACACCGAGACCAAGAUGGACGAGUACAAGAGCCAGCUGCCUCAGGACGAGUGCGACAAGCUCCGUGAAGAGAUCGCCAAGCUGCGUGAGCUCCUAGCCAACAAGGACAGCGCAGACCCUGAAGCUAUCCGCACCGCCACCGGAACCCUGCAGCAAGCCAGUCUGAAACUCUUCGAGCAGGCCUACAAGAAGAUGGCGGCAGAGCGUGAAGGGCAACAGCCCGCGGGAGAGAGCCAGCAGCAGCAGGAGGAGAAACAGGAAGAGAAGAAGAACUAAACAACUUGUGUCGCCAGUACAAGUCGAAUGCGGCCUUCGGGCGCUUUUGUUGAAGAGUUAUGGAGCAUAUUGGAAUCCGCCUCCUGUAUUCGUUAUAAUAAAAUAUGUCCAAAUA